UCAGAGGAAAUAUGGCGCACAGGGCAGUGCGUAUACCAGCAGUGUUUAUCGCUUCAAGACAUUAUUUGACCUCAUUCUCUUUGUCUGUUUUCGUCGCGUUUGCAGCAUUUAAAGCCGUAAACUCUGACAAUGUGUACAGUGCGAGCCACACGGCCACCGUAUCCGUCGCCGCCGCCAGGGACCUGCGGUACCUUUUGUAUGACGUGAAUCCCCCAGAGGGUUUCAAUCUGCGGAGAGAUGUCUAUAUCCGCAUGGCGUCCCUGGUGAAGACUUUGAGGAAGGGGGGAGAUGACUGGGUAUUAGUGCUUCCCCCGUGGGGUCGCCUCUACCACUGGCAGAGCCCCAACAUCCACCAGAUCCGAAUCCCGUGGGGAGAGUUCUUCAGCCUCACUAGCCUGCAGGCCAAUGUGCCUGUCAUUGAGUUUGAGGAAUUCAUUGCUGAGAAUGGAGGCCCAUUCAUAGACCAAGUUCUGGUACUGCAAAACUACGCGGAGGGAUGGACUGAUGGAAAAUGGGAGGAAAAAGUUGAUGAGCGACCGUGCAUUGAGAAGUUGAUGUACUCCAAAGAUAAACAAGGCUACUACAGGGGCUGGUUUUGGGGCUACGAGGAGACGAGAGCUCGAAAUGUAACAUGUAUAUCGGCUCAAGGCCAUGCCUCCAUUAUGGCCCCGGUUCUUCAGAAAAACAUCACAGUGACAUCAGUUAUGCUUGACCGAGCAGAGACACUCCUCCAUGAUCACUAUGCUGGGAAGGAUUACUGGGAUACCCGUCGCAGUAUGGUUUUUUCCAAGCACCUGCGACUCAUAGGAGAUGACUUCCGAGCCAAGUACCUGAACUCCACCGAUGACAGAGACCAUACCGUUUACAGUGAAGAUUGGACUCGCAUGAAAGCCAAGCUGGGCUCAGCUAAAGGUGGUCCAUAUCUGGGGGCCCACUUGCGCAGGAAGGACUUUAUCUGGGGUCACAGAGAGGAUGUCCCCAGCCUUAAGGGGGCAGUCAAAAAGAUGCGCAGCUUGAUGAAGAAGCACAAACUCGACAGUGUGUUUGUUGCAACAGAUGCAGACGGGGAAGAACUGAAGGAGCUGAAAAGGUUGUUGCCAGAAAUGGUGCGGUUUGAGCCGUCCACAGAGGACCUGGAGCUCCUUAAAGACGGAGGGGUGGCCAUCAUUGACCAGUGGAUAUGUGCACAUUCAAGAUUCUUCAUAGGAACAUCAGUGUCCACCUUCUCUUUCCGGAUCCACGAAGAGAGGGAGAUCCUGGGUUUUGACCCUAAAACUACAUACAAUCGUUUCUGUGGGGACACUGAGAAAGAAUGUGAACAGCCCACACACUGGAAAAUUGUUUACUGAUGAGACCUCUUGACUUUCCUGACACACACAAGUGCCAAAAGCAGUAUUUUAAGUGUUUUAUGGUGUAUUUUUUAUGGUUUCAGAGUUGUGCAAUCAGGUUUUUGGAGACCACUGUGACUGAACCGUAUGCUCAAAAGGCCAAGACUGGGCUUAUAUUGCUGUAACGUUCAACAAGUAAAUCUGCAAAUAUUUUGUAGGUUGUAUGUUGAAUGUGGAUCCUUCAUGACAGCCUGGGAUUUUACAUAAUUUCUAAUAUUUAUCGCUAACACCAGCACCACUGGUGAGAAAAAGUGUCUUAUAAUGACUGCCACAGACAGUGUUGUAUGGGAGUAUCCUCACUUCAACAUUUUGUGAGAUUCAAAGAUGUUGAGCAUCUAAACUUAAGCUAUUUUUUCCCUUAAAAAUUAGACCACAUAAGAAGCAUUCAGAGAUUAUGAACAUAGUUUGAAGAUAAUGCAUUUUUAAUUAAAGGUGCCCUAUGGAGUUUUCUUGUAAACAAGUAAAGAGGUCUUUCUUACCUGAAAGCACUCUGUGUGUAACUAUUAGGCCUAAAAAGUCUGUUAAAUGCAUUUCCUUCCUCAUAAAACAUUAGCAAAACUUAUUUUAGAAACUUGGAAUGUUUUCGCCCAUGUUUGCUAGCAGUCGUCUUCUUCACUGCCUUUUGUUAGCACAAGGCUUCGUUACAUAAAGAGUUGUAUACCUCCUCUGCUUCCACCGUAUUUCAGUGUUUCCUCCCUUAUUUCAUGUUUUUAGCCAGUGCCAGUAUUAACAUUUGUUACAUGAAAUUACCUUAUUAAUGUUUAAUACCUUUAGCCUUUUCUUUUGUAUAUUUGGUAUGUGUUAUUAUGGUGUUAUGGCUAUCGAUACUACCACUGAAAGGAAUCAAAAUGCCACGAAGGAGCCACUGUGUCUUGUCAACACUAGCCAGCCAUCAAGCUGUUAUCUUACAACACAACUUUUUUGUUGUUGGUUUUUUAUCCCUGAGCAUGCACACGUUAAUUAUUUCAGAUAUGGGCAUUGUUUCAUGGUUUGUACAGUAGAUGUGUAAUUUUGGUGUUGAAUAAAAGUUCUUUUGGAGUAAAACAAACAGAUUUUACAUUUACACACACACACACACACACUUACAUUUAUAUCAUAACCUUAUAUAGUCAGAAGCUGAAGUUUAGAAGUGUUGAUGUAAAUGUUGUAAGAGAUUAUAUCUUUGCUUGUUAAAUGUACCCUGUACACCCCUAAAUAUAAUGUUUAUAUUACUAUUAUUUUGAUUAUUCACAUCAUUUCAGACUAUGACCAUGUCAUAGUCGCUUGAGGAAUUUUACAUGCUAUGGACCUUUAAAUUAAUAUAAUUUGGACUCCAGACUCCAACAUUAAAAUCUAAUCCUUGGGACCAGCAGCACAUAUUUCUUGUAUUGUUUAUUUAUUAUGUCUUUGUAUGAUAAAUGUGAGGAGGUAAUAGUGCUGAGUGAGAGUAACAAGAAGCAGUCAUCCCUAUAAAUUUGUUUUUGGGUCUUUUUCUGGAGCUGAGGAAUAA